ACCUUAAAGUUAAAGACAACUCCACUAUAUAUGCAAAGAACCAAACCCAACAUUUCCAACAAAGUAACACUCGUAUUUCAAACAAAAAAAGCAGCGGAAACCAACAAAAAAAAAGAAGAAAAGGAAGCAGUACAUUGAAAAAAAGGCAAAGCCUUACUCUUUCUAGCAUCUUCAAUUGUGCUACCUUUUGUUUAAACAAGAUAAAGUUGAAGGCAAUGUCUGGGGCAGAGCUAUUCAAUCAAUUGCCAGAGGAUAUCAUUUGUUCAAUUCUCUCUCUUACUUCACCUAAGGAUACAUUUAGCUUCUCGUUGGUUUCUUCCUCUCUCCGUUUAGUGGCAGCAUCUGAUUUUCUGUGGCAAACAUUCUUGCCUUCCGAUUACAAGCAUAUUAUUGACAGAUCUGUAACACCCUUGAAGUAUUCUUCUAAAAAAGAGCUUUUUAUUCGUCUCUGUAACUCCAUUCUUAUUGAUAGUGGUAACAAGAGCUUUGCAUUAGAGAAGUCAAGUGGAAGAAAAUCAUAUGUAAUCUCAGCAAAAGAACUUUCCAUUUUAUAUGGGGAAGAACCAGAUCAUUGGACUUGGAAAUCUGUACCUGAAUCAAGGUUUUCAGAAGUGGCUGAACUGAAAGUAAUAUGCAGGCUAGAAAUAAAAGCCAACCUAAAAACAAACAUACUAUCUCCAAACACAAAGUAUGGAUUUUAUUUCAUUAUGAAAAUAUCUGAUCAGGCAUUUGGUCUGAAUUCAGUGGCUGCUGAGAUUAGUGUAGAAAUAGGCAAUCGGAAAGUAGUUCAAAAUUGUGUGCUGGACUCGAUGGGAAUGACAAAUUUUGAAGAGAAACAGAGGGAUCAAAGACUGCCAUAUAAAAGGGAAGAUGGAUGGAUGGAAAUUGAGGUUGGAGAGUUGUACAAUGGUGGAGAUGAGGAGGAAGUUACAGUAAGUUUGAUGGAGGUGAAGGGUUGCCAUGUGAAGGGUGGACUAAUCAUUCAAGGCAUUGAAUUUAGGCCUAAACACUAAGCAAAAUUCAAAGAUUCUUAUCUACUCACUCACCAAUAUCUUUGAUUUUUUUUCCGCAAUAAUAUUAUAAAUUUAUUGAUUUAUUUAUCUCGUCCAUGUCAAAGAUUGGUGUGAAACAAAAAAGGUUAGAUAAUGAAUGAUUAGACUACUCUCGAUAAUGAAAUACUUAUAUGGAUUUUCUUCCGAGGUGACUCGAGUUUAGAUGGGGGCAAAAUCGAUUUAUUUGUAACUGGUCUAAGUUUAUAUAGGUUGAAUUACCACUC